AUGCUGCAGUGCGACCUCUACACACCAGAGUCAUGUAAGGGCUUUAGAUGGGGCUACCCAGCCCACCCUGCACCCCUACCCAUCCCCCCCUGCCCCCUACCCAUCCCCCCCUGCCCCCUACCCAUCCCCCCCUGCCCCCUACCCAUCCCACCCUGCCCCCCCUACCCAGCCCACCCUGCCCCCUACCCAGCCCACCCUGCCCCCCUACCCAGCCCACCCUGCCCCCCUACCCAUCCCCCUGCCCCCUACCCAUCCCACCCUGCCCCCCUACCCAGCCCACCCUGCCCCCUACCCAGCCCACCCUGCCCCCUACCCAUCCCCCUGCCCCCCUACCCAGCCCACCCUGCCCCCCUACCCAGCCCACCCUGCCCCCUACCCAGCCCCACCCUGCCCCCCUACCCAUCCCCCCUGCCCCCUACCCAUCCCCCCCUGCCCCCUACCCAGCCCACCCUGCCCCCUACCCAGCCCACCCUGCCCCCUACCCAUCCCCCCUGCCCCCUACCCAUCCCCCCUGCCCCCUACCCAUCCCCCCUGCCCCCUACCCAUCCCCCCUGCCCCCUACCCAUCCCCCCUGCCCCCUACCCAUCCCCCCUGCCCCCUGCCCCCCUACCCAUUCCACCCUGCCCCCCUACCCAUCCCACCCUGCCCCCCUACCCAUCCCACCCUGCCCCCCUACCCAGCCCACCCUGCCCCUACCCAUCCCACCCUGCCCCCCUACCCAGCCCACCCUGCCCCACUACCCAUCCCACCCUGCCCCCUACCCAUCCCACCCUGCCCCCCUACCCAGCCCACCUGCCCCCUGCCCCCUACCCAUCCAACCCUGCCCCCUAA